AUGGUGGGCUUAAAACGCAUGGAUAGUUGGGGAACUACUAGAUGCCAUGCGAUCCAGGUUCCACGGUUGUUGUUCAUUAUUAGCUGGCUGGUCGAGCUGUGGAGACUCAAGUUGUAUUUAGGGAUUCUUCUAGUAAACUCAGUAGAGAUUAUGGCUUGUACUACUGCAUCUGGAGCAAAGGAAAGAGAACCUGAGACUGGUCUGGCAAGUCUUUCUGAAAUGUGCAUCCAACAAAGUAAAGAUAAUGUUGAAGGAGUUGAAAGGAAGUUGAAAGAAAAAGCACCUCUUGUUGUUCAUGAAAUUAUUGAAAAGAUUCAGCAGGGAAAAUUGUAUACUAGGAAACGAAAGAGGAAUUCUGUGGAUUCAUGCCCUAAGUUUAAUAUUUUGUCUCAGUUAAGUAUUUCAAAUUAUCCUGAACCUACUGUUGAUCGCACCCCUGCUGAACAAUCUGUUUCUGCUGAUAUACAAAAAAAUGAUUCUGAUAAAAAUAUUGUUUUGUAUUCAAGUGUGGAUGAGGGAAUUUAUGUUUCUCCUCUUAAAGUUGCUAAGUUUGUUUCUCAACUAGAUGAUAAGAAGGUACAAGGUGAAAAUGAAAAAGAAAAUUUUGCUUCCUGUAAAGGAAAAGAAGUGGCAGGAGCACAAGUACCGCAGAUUGCACAAAGUGCGAAUGUAGAAGAAGAAUUGCUUGGUAGAGGAAAAAGAAAUCGUAAUGCCAGUUGGCAUUUAAAAUCUCCAUAUAAGGGAACAUGUAAAGGUCUGAAUUGGAAUCCAAAAUAUGUUCGAAGAUGUUGCUGGCAUUAUCGUAAAACAAUCAAACGUGCUGAGGAUAAUUUUGAAGCAUAUUUAAAGGAGAACAAGAGAAGAGGUCGUCUACCAAAGGAUGUAACUGAUAUUUACAAAAAAGAUCCUGUACUGCAAGGAAAGCCAUAUGAACUUUACAAUGAGAAAGUCAAAUCAAGAAUGUUCUUUAAAGAGAUGGUAGAUGAUAAGUAUACAUUAACUGAUGCGCACAUAGAUGUUGUAAUGUAUUUUUUGAGGAAGAAGCAUAUAUAUCACUUCAAUGAGUAUCCAUUUGCUUCAACAACAACAGAUCUGGACUUUAAUGACACUUUGGAAUUUGCAUAUAAUGACUGGCAUAAACGUCCAGAAAAAUUUACUGAAUUUUAAUUUUGGAAUGAAGGAUUGGGAUUUGUCUUAUUCAGUAUGUAUUGGGUGAGAAUCGUAGAUGUGGGAUUCCAUGGUCAUCUGUUGAUAAAGUUUUCUGUCCGAUUCGAGUUCCUGCAAAUAUUGUAGAUGGUGAAGUUGCCUUAGAUUGUUGCACUCAUUAUUACCUGGCAGUGUUAGACUUGAAUGAGAAGACUAUAGAUGUAUAUGAUUCUGUGUACCAGGGAUAUGAUUAUCAAGUUAUAAAGGAGCAGAUUCUUCAAUAUCAGGAAUUUAUUCCUAUGAUUUUGGAGUAUUGUAAAUUUGGUGACUUGCAUCCUACAUUUGGGCAUGAGUAUAAACCAUUUGUUCUUCACUGGAAAGAAUCACCAAAACAGAUAGGGAACACAAGUUGUGGUGCAUUUGUUAUAA